AUGGCACGGGCUGUGCGCUCGCUGGAGGCGCCACAUGCUGCCCACUCCUCGACCCCCCUCUCCCUUGCCCGCCCAUGCUGCCUGCCCGCCCGCAGCGCCCCGUCUGCCUUCCACAGCCUGGCAGCACACCUCACCACCACGCUGUUCCUGCUGGGCGACGCCGCCGACUCGCUGGCGGACGCGUCUGGCACGGCCGCCGCGGCCGUGGACGCCGCGAGCAAUGCGGCGUCGGCCGUUGCCGACGCGGCGCCCGCGGCGGCCGAGGAGGCCGCCAAGAACAGCGGCUUCUUCGGCGCCUUUGCCGGCGCCUUUGAGGCCUUCCUCAAGGUGCUGGACGACGGGCUGGAGAAGGUCGGCGUGCCCUACAGCUAUGGCUUUGCCAUCAUCCUGCUGACCGUGCUUGUCAAGGUGGCCACCUAUCCGCUCACCAAGCAACAGGUGGAGUCCACGCUGAGCAUGCAGGCGAUGCAGCCGCGUGUGAAGGAGCUGCAGGCCAAGUACGCCAACGACCCUGAGCGCCUGCAGGUGGAGACGGCGAAGAUGUACCAGACCGCCGGCGUCAAUCCGCUGGCCGGCUGCCUGCCCUCCCUGGCCACCAUCCCCGUCUUCAUCGGCCUCUACAAGGCGCUGUCCAACGUGGCCAGCGAGGGCCUGCUGACCGACGGCUUCUUCUGGAUCCCCUCGCUGGCGGGGCCCACCACCGUCAACGGCGGCCUGGACUGGCUGUUCAAGUGGCAGGACGGCGCGCCGCUGCUUGGCUACGGCCAGACCGCAGCCUACUUGGUGCUGCCCAUCCUGCUGGUGGUCAGCCAGGCCAUCAGCCAGAAGGUCAUCUCCCCGCCCCAGCAGAGCAAUGACCCCGCCCAGCAGCAGACCCAGGCCAUCCUCAAGUUCCUGCCCCUCAUGAUCGGGUGGUUCUCCCUCAACGUGCCCAGCGGCCUGACCCUGUACUGGUUCACCAACAACCUCAUCACCACCGCGCAGCAGCUCUACCUGCGCCGCGGCUUCACGGCGGCGCAGGCGGCGGCCGCAGGGCCCGCCUCCACCGCCAUUGUGAAUGUGGAGGUGCAGGAGGCGGAGAAGAGGCCCAGCGGCAAGGAGCUGAACGCUCGGCGCAGCGCCAAGCAGCUGGAGGCGCCCGUGGCUGCGCCCAGCGGCGGCGGCGGCGGCGGCGGCGGCGGCGGCAGCCGCGGCGAGAAGUUCCGGGCUAUCAAGGCUCGCGAGGCGGUGGCACGCGCGUCAGAGCAGGUGGGCCGGGCUUCCAGGGGG